GUGCCUAAGCUUGUUCUUCCUUUCCUUGGAGAGGAAGAAAGCAAUAUUGCAGGUGGUCUCCGGAUGAAUUGGAGGAACGAGUUAACAAUAUGGAGGUGACUUUGUUGCAAUUUCAAAGUUGAACUGAACAACGAGAAAGCCAAAUCUGCUGCUGCUGCUGCUUCUAAAGUUUUGUUGUUUUACUGACAUACUUUGAUUUUGAAAUCAUGUUUUAGUCAUUCUCUCUGCUUUUGUGCAUUUCUUUUAACAUGAAAUGGUAGGUAUAAUAGUAUUUUUUUCAUUUUGAUAUCAGAGAGAGUGUUAGUAGUUGGGUUCUUACCUUUUUUAGUAUUAUCUGAUGGGUGAUCAAUCUAAUGACUAGACCAAUUUAAUCCUUUUCAUUAUACCAAAUCCCACACAUGUCUUGGUUUAUUACACAAAGCCUUAUCUAACGAAUAAAAACUAAAGGAGGUAUCUUCUUCCCACACAGAGCCAUUAAGAUUCCAUAGUAUCAGGUCCAAUUUGACAGAGAAUCUCUCGUACAUGGCAUCAAUGGCUCUUCCUUUGCGCCAGCAUUCUCUAGAUCCCAUCUCUGCAUCUCCCACAGUUUCAAAAUCUCUUCUUUUCCCCCAAAAUGCCCUUUCUCGUACACUCUCUCCUCGCCGGAGUAUUCCCAAGUCUUCCGUCUGCCACUCUCGGAGUUCGCCUCCGACGCAGUAUACAAUAGUUCAUCGGAAGCACAUUUCCCUGAAUGGCUCUCUCUACUCACGUUUAGUUUUCAAAUGCAGAAACCAUGAUGAACCUCGGUCAACGACCAUUUCUUCUGAGCUUGCCCUUGAUGCAAAGUCGGAAACUUUACAGCAAAUGGAUGGUUUGGAGAUUACCCACGAAGCUAAAAAAGGAAAGAGUUUCUGGGCUGCCGUUAGUUUGAUCAUCGGAACCGCCGUUGGUCCUGGAAUGCUCGGCCUCCCAGCUGCAACUAUCAGAUCCGGUUCAAUCCCAUCGACCAUUGCUUUACUUUGUUCUUGGGUUUACGUCAUUUCCUCUAUACUUCUCGUGGCUGAGCUUAGCUUUGCAGCCAUGGAAGAAGACAAUGCAGCAGAGAUUAGCUUCACAAGACUUGCAACCAAAUCCUUUGGGAACAAAUUUGGGGUUUUCGUUGCUUUUGUGUAUGCUUCACUGAGUUUCUCUUUGGUGGUUGCUUGUGUCUCGGGUAUUGGCUCUAUUUUGUCUCAGUGGUUUCCUUCCUUGAAUCCAUUCUUGGCCAAUGCUAUUGUCCCUCUAGUCUCCGGAAUCUUGAUUGGUUUUUUCCCUUUCGAUGCCAUUGAUUUCACUAACAGGGGUCUCUGCUUCCUCAUGCUCUUCUCUAUAACUUCACUUGUGGCCAUUGGCUUAUCUGUGGCUAGGUCCAAUGUGUUAGCCUCGUUUGGUCAAUCAUGUUGGAAAGUCUCCACCGUUUUACCCGCGGUUCCUGUCAUGGUACUGACACUAGGGUUUCAUGUCAUCACUCCCUUCAUAUGCAAUCUCGCAGGGGAUUCGGUUUCAGAUGCUAGGAGAGCCAUUCUUGUAGGUGGUGUUGUGCCAUUGGCUAUGGUCUUGUCAUGGAAUCUAAUUGUUUUGGGGCUUGCAAGGAUCACUGUGCCUGCUGUACCUUCUUCAUCCAUUGACCCAAUCUCUCUUCUUCUAUCUGUCAACCCUUCUGCUUUAUCUGCUGUUCAAGGCUUUGCUUUCUCAGCCUUAGCUACCAGUUUAAUUGGAUACUCUGUUAGCUUCCCGAAACAGCUCCUUGAUACAUGGAAGCUUGUGUCUAAGCAAUCAAAUGGGAAUGGAAAUGGAGGAACUGGGUCAGUAAGUUUCUCAUCGAAGGAGGGUAAUAAGGGAACUAAUGGGAGAGUCUUAUACAGUGAACCAGCUAGAGCUCGUGAUGGAUUUGAAGCAGUAGUGAUGCUAUUUGUCCUUGGAGUUCCAGCUCUGAUUGCAACAUUCUAUCCCUCAACGUUCUCGAGAGCUCUGGAUUUUGCUGGUGUUUAUGCAAACUGUUUCCUCUUUGGUGUCCUGCCUCCUGCAAUGGUUUAUAUUCAACAGUCUAGAAAGAAACUUAGGUCAUGGGUUCUUCCCGGAGGCAACUUUACCUUGUUGAUCUUAUUUGUAAUCGCCAUUAUUUUGGGAAUAUGGCAUUAGCUUACCGUCAAAUAGAACUGUUUGUUUGUAUCAUUUUACACAGACAUUUGCCAUGAUCUUACUGUGCUAACCGGACUCUAGGGAAGCAACAAGACCCCACUGGGACCUUCACGAAGAUCUAUGUGUUCUUUGGUUCCUUUUAGAAACACUAGUAGCGAUUGAGAAGUCUUUUUUCACAUAGCAAGAUGACAUUUCACACUGGAUGAAAAAGAAUAAUAUUAUUGGCUUACCUGCGAUUGUAGAAUCUUUAAAAAUCAGAUCAUAUAAAUAAACUGAAAUUUUGGAUUUAACA